UGAUCUAUUUACGUUAUCCCAAACUGAAAGUGGAAAUCCCAAAUACAACAUUUUUCUGUUUUCGAUAUUGUUUUAUUGUUUAAAGUGUUUCUGACUGUCCAUCAUGGGGUCCGAGUCUGCUAUGGUAGUAUGCUGCAUAAUUUGUUUGUUGUUGCCUAGUGUCGUCUUGCAAAGCUGUGGAUUUUUCUCUCCAUACUGGAUUAAGCACAACUCAACAACAGAAUGCUUUAGAGGAGUUGUCUACAAUAUGGGUUGUCCAGAUAAUGUUGAAGGACUCGGUGCUGCAGUUCUUGGUCUUCAGGUGACCUCGUUUGUAAUCAUAGUCCUUACAUCCAUCUCAACCAUAUAUUUUAUCUGCUGUAACAGCAGUGAUGACGAUGAUGACGACGAGACGGGUUGUUGUACAAUACUUGGCGGAUGCAUGGUUUGCCUUUAUCCAGUUGCAGGAGUUCUUGGCUUUUCGGGAUGCAUGGUUGUUGUUGCUAAUUUCGGAGACCACGACAAAGGGUGGGCGUUCUUCCUCUGUUUGGCGGCUUCAUGUUACGUCAUUCUUGAGAUGUUUCUUUGCUAUUGCAUGUUAUGCAUGCGUGCAAAGAAUGGAGAACAAAACGGUGGGGGUGGAGAGAGUGGACAGGAGGUGACGCAAUAUGGAACUGACAAUCGUGCUGGAGGUAUGGUUGUUGGUCAGACGAUGGAGCACCACCAAAUUGGCAUAUCUUCGACAGGAGAGAUCAUUGUUAGAAAACUGCAGUUCACGAGGAUUUUCCACAUCAGUUAAACAUCUGUAUCUACAAGUCAAUGAUCACUGUUUUCAACAUAUGUGAUGCUUGAACGAGUUGUUAUCUUUCUUACUGAUAAUAAAUAUCUAACAAUUAUAAAAUUAGCUCAACUGAGAACAGUUUUGUAAAAUAUUCAUAUGCGGACUGUGGAUAACAAACGGCUUUUUUGUACAAUUGUUAUGUUUCAGCGAUUUGAAAGCUUUUUAAGAAAUUAAAAUGCAGUUAUAGUGUUAAA